UUGAGUGCGUUCCGAGGAAAAACGAUAAGACGGUGGAAUGCUGACGAAGCGGAGCGCACACUUACUCCUUCUUCUGCAUGUACUACACUAACAAUCCACCUAUGCUCCGACACUGUCAUGGUUUUUGAUCACACAAAUGUUCUGACUUCGACGCAGAAUCUCGCAAUAUCAUCACACUGCUACAUAUUUUUUACGUUCGGGACGAGGUCAGGCUCUCAGGAAUUUGAUCUCCACUGAUCCGACAUGUCCAGGUGUGCCAUCACCACACCUCUACGUCCGGAGCCAUGCCUCCUCCACUGGUGUUGUACUAGGUCUGCGCAUCUUCGAUCAGACGACUCUAUGCUGUGGGUAACUCGCCAUUUCUCGAUAUCUAUGCUGACUGUAAGUUCCAAUUUUCGUCCAUCCCCGCAGGUUGUGUAUUCUUCAGCCCUCUCUUACCGACGGUUGUUAAACAGCAUCUUAGGUUGUUAAUCUUCUUUGCCACCGAUAUUGCCAUUUAUAAUUAGGUAAUGAGCAUAUUAUACGUUGAUUGCUUGUUCCGAAGCACGCGUCAGGGUUUUAUCGUGGUAGUUGCUUUUCUUGACGAGCCAGGAGGUACGACCGCGGCAUUUGUCGACAGCGUUUCCUCAUAUUUGUGAAAGGAGAGUUGAGAAUGGCUUUUUUCUGCUUCAGUAAUACAUGUCCGUAGUGGUGGACGAUCAGGGUAUUACUUUGUUGGAAAAAAAAAAAGAAGAAGGUAGCGUUCCUGGUUCGGGGAUGGCACAGGAACAUGUAUAUGGUGUUCUGGCAAGAGCAUUUGAGCCCACCACCGUGUCACACUAUCAAACAUCGACUCAGAAUGGCUUCAGCUUACCGUUUUAUUCUGCUCGCAUUCAGAGCAUGAUCCAUCGUCGAAAUGAGUUCCACAAGGAGGUGGAAUUUAAAAUUGAAGCAUCUAAAGAUCACUGGAGUGAGGUGGAGGAAGAUGUAGAAGGUGAGGUGUCGAAUCGACACGUCUUCGAGUACCUCAAGAAAAGAUGGGGUGAAUUCUUUUGGGAUUAUGGCGAUAGUUUAGUUUUUGGUGAGAAGAUUGCGGAGGGAGGCCAGGCAGAGAUCUUCGAAGCUGCUGUAGUCACACGUCAGAACGUGUGCGAAUUUAAGUAUGUGGCGAAGGUAAUGAGGAGAAGUGGUUCCCUGGUUCAUCUGAAAAAGCAAUGGCCUGAGGGAUUGCUUCGAAAGAUAGACAAGGGUUGUCCGUUUUCCUCAGAUACCGAUAGCUGUUGUUUGAUAUGGGGUGCCACAUUGUUGGAAGAUGGCAGAUUUGCAUUUUUAAUGCACAGGUAUUGGGGCGAUUUGCGGACGCUAAUUGAUCUUAGAAUGCAGCACAACAUGAAUCAAGGCCCUCCUUUCCGAGACGAUUCUGCCGUCUUGAUUAUGUACCAGAUUGCUGUUGCUAUGGAAGAGUUGCAUGACCAGGGAAUUCUUCACAGAGACCUCAAGGCAUCUAAUGUGCUCGUGAACGUUACAGAAGAUGAUUCAUAUUCCUUCGAUCCUUGGCACGAUGAUGGGUUUCAGUGUGCAGUAGCAGAUUUUGAAUGCUCUGUUGGAGUUGUGGGGACUGGAUACUGGAGAGCACCGGAGAUAUUGGAAGUUUUGAAGGACCAUGGUAACUUGCAUGAUCAACAAAUUUUUACUCAGCAAGUGGAUGUAUAUAGUUAUGCAAUGACUUGUUACGAGAUUUUAACAGGAUGCAUCCCUUUUGAAGACCGUCCACGGACCAACCCCGAGUUCGUCCUGGCUGGAGAGAGACCCCAAUUACCUGAUCACAUACAUCCUGAGUUGAGCAAAUUGAUAAGUCGAUGUUGGUCGGCAGAUCCUUCCCAAAGACCGACAUUUACAGAUAUUGUGAAGGUAAUAACUGAGAUUGAUAGAUUGUUGUCGGCUUAUAGAGCCUCUCCAAAAGCUUUCAUUUGCAAAGAUUGUGAAGAUGCUCGAUGAAAUGUAUUCGCCAACAAUCCAAAAAGAGAAUUCUGUCUGUUGAUCGUCUAUCUCUGAAACGUUGGAUGAAGUCGAUGACACUGGAGGUCAGCACAUGUAUUUGCGGUCUGGACCACAGUGUAGUUCCCAGAAGCUUCUUUCAAAAUGUGAUGUCACCUCUAGUGCUGCAAUAUGAAACUUUCAUCGAGAUUAUGAGCAA